UGUUCGCGAUCUUGUGAUCUAUUCCUGAUUCAGCUAGCAUCUCAUAUACACUCUCACAAAGAAACUUUCACUAUAUUAUAUCACUCAUUCACUAACUUUUCUCAUUCUUUAAUCAUCUUCUUCAUCAUCAUUAUCAUUGAAUAUCAUCAUCAUCUCAUUCAAGAUUACUAUCUCUUCUUCUGUUCAAUAUCUUCUAUUUAUUUAUCUAUCACAUUGUACAUGUUUCUGAUGAUAAUCUCUCAUUCUCAUAAUAAGUAUCAUCAUAGUGCUCAUACUGAGCAGUUUAUUAGCAGUAAGUAUAAUAUGCUGAUAUUUGUUUUUAUUUAUAUAGAAUCUUCAUGUGUUGACAGAUCUGUGUCUGCUAAUAAUAGUAAACUCAAUAUUGAAUCAUUGAUCAAGAACUUAAAGAACAUGAUAAUGAAGAAAUUGUCUAUAUUAUAUAUGACUGAGUCUCUUACAUUUCUCUCUACCUCUUCUGCUACUGCUUCUCAAUCUUCUACAUCUGCUUCUGUGUCUGAUUCUCCCGCUUCUGCUAUCUCUGUUUUCAUGACUCUCACUCUUGCUACUUCUGCUCCCUCUGAUUUUACUGUCUCUGCUUUUAUUAUCAGCUCUUUCUAUUUCAAGAAGAUGUUGUAUAGACUUAAUAAAUCAUGUUUACUAUCUUUUUCUUUUCAUCUUUUCUUUCUAACACUGAUUUUUCUAUUCUUAAAGAAAAUUAUUAUGAGUUUUACUGUGCAUAAAGUUAUAAUAUUCACAGAUACUAAGAAACUUUUCACAACUGUUAAAUUCAAUAUUAUGA